AUGUUCGCGCUCAAAAACAACGGAGAAGAAGAGAGAACACGAUUUCGGAAGAGACAGGAGUUAGAGGAAGGCGUGUUCGGCUUAGGCGUACAUCGAUUCCCUGUGAAUCUCCUCAAAUCAAGCCCCCGCCUGUCUCAGGCUCGCGCCACCCCUGGGAAAGCCACUUCGGCCCCGCCUUCCUCCGCACAGCUUAGCGUAAUGACGACCGGGUUGCUUAUUAGUGGUCUCCGACCAUCUACCGGAGGAGGAACGAGGAACGGGGGGAGACGCCACUCCGCCACGAUGUCGGCAGCAAAUCGCGGCCGACAGCUGUCGCGGCUAAUUCGCCGCCACUUGGACUACCAAUAA